AUGCACUAUGGCGUGUUUGCGAUGCUUUUCGCAAUCUCAAAUCUUGUUGAGCCGUAUAAGGUGCUCGUGAUGUCGCCGACAAUUGGUGCCAGUCAUUCGAACUUCCUCGGCAAAAUUGCCGAUAUUCUUGUGGAUGACGGGAACGAAGUGACGUUUUUGAUACCGGUGUUCAUGGGUCAGAAAAAGAAUUUGACCGGCACGAAGAAGGCGCAGAAAAUUAUCCGAUUGCCGCAGGAUCCAAGAAUCACAGAAAUUCAGGAAAAAGAUAAAUUCGAGGACGAUUUGAGAAAAAUUGUGUGGGGUUCGGAAAACAUCGACCAAUUUGCACUUUUAUCGAAAUAUGCGAACUUUUUGAAGUCUUUUGGAUACAAUUGCGAAUAUUUAUUCAAUCAAACUGAAUUAAUAGAACAAUUUCGAAAGGAGCAAUUUGAUUUAGCGAUUACUGAAACGAUUUUUAUUUGCAAUCAAGCAUUCUUCGACCAUAUUGGCAUCAAAAAUGUGAUCACAGCCGAAUCUUUUCUGCAUAAUGACAUUGUCAAGUUUGCUAGUGGAGAACCCGCAUUGUUUAGCUUCUUUCCAGAUGUAUUUUCGCCGGAAACCGAUUCGAUGUCAUUAUUUGGCCGAAUUCUCAAUUAUUUUUCAUAUUUGUUCUACUUUUUCUUCGAUUACUCUCGGCAUUCGUACGAGAUGAGUGCUAUUAAGCACUUGUAUGAGAACGGCAAGGAUUACAAGGAGCUCAUCAAUCGCGCCGCAUUCCACAUGAUCAAUUCGAAUCGAUUUUUGGAUUAUCCGAGUGCGACACUUCCGAAGACGGUCUUCAUCGGCGGAAUGCAGGUGAUUCCGAACGGCGCGGCGAAUCUCACCAAGGAAUGGGACGAGCUGUUGAGCCGAAGGGACACCAACAUCCUCAUCUCGUUCGGAUCAAUGACGCGUAGCUCGGAAAUGCCCGACGAAUUCAAAAACGCGUUCCUCGACGUGUUUUCGUCGAUGCCUAAUAUCACGUUCAUAUGGAAAUAUGAAGACGAGAAUUCGACGAUCGCCGCCCAUCUUCCGAAUGUGAAACUGACGGCGUGGAUGCCGCAAAAUGAUCUACUAGCUGAUGAUCGGCUGACAUUAUUCAUAACCCAUGGCGGAUUGGGAAGCACCAUCGAAUUAGCUCAUCACGGCAAACCGGCGAUAGUGGUUCCAUUAACGGGAGACCAACCUCGAAACGCGCAUAUGCUGACGCGACACGGCGGCGCAAUUCGACUCGACAAAUCGCAAUUGGGCGAUUCGCGCGCGAUCGGCGCCUCGAUCGCGACGGUGUUGAACGACGCGAGAUAUUCGGCAAACGCGAGACGAUUGUCGGCGAUCGUCGCCAAUCACCGACCGCGAGAUGUGCUCCUCGAGUAUUGCUCGUUGGCCGUCGAGUUCGGACCAUUGGAGACGCUCAAUUCGGCGGGCGCCCAUCUCAAUUAUCUACAGUACCACUCGAUUGAUCUACUUAUUGUGUUUCUCGCGAUUUUCAUUAUUUUCUCAUAUGUUUCCUAUCGAUUUUGGAAAUUUCUCAUCUGUUUUUUUAUUCGUAAAUGUCGCAGCAAAUAUGCUCCAUUGCCAAUUAUGGAGAAGAAGAAAGAAUAG